UGACAUUUUAAAAAUAUUCAGUUUGCACAAGUGCACUAUGUACUCUACUAAUUGCAACACUGAGAUAAAACACUCCCCUAAUUCCAAUAUGGCUAUCUCAUAUAGUUCAGAUUCCUCCAAGGUCACUUGCCUACGAUACCCCGCCCUCUAGUCGAAUGUUCGUCUACCAAAUGUUGCUUCCUCCACUGGGAAGCAAGGAGGAAUCUGAUACCGUUGUUCAACUUUUCCGACACCUGCUGUUUUCUACUCCAGCGAGAUUUUCAGGAGCUAUCCCGCAGAGUACCACUUGACCUAUGGCUUAUCGAUUGCUAACUUUUUCAUGAUACAUAAUUUAUGUGCGGCUCAUGCUAGAGCAUUUUGAAUGUGCGUCAUAAACUACACGCACGGUUCCAAUUAUUUCUGAACAUGGCACGUCAAAGACGAUUUCGGCAAAUUCGACAAAUACGGAUUCAGCGUUGAGGCUUGUAAUUUCAAGCUGGUCAAGAACUUUACUUCUCUGACAACAGUCACGUCAAUAGGAUCCGAAUCUGUUUACCAGUCAAUACACAACAUGGAUGAAGUCUUUGGUUCUCGUUCCUACUUUCAACCAGCAGACUACAUUGUCUGUGGGAUAAUGCUUCUAGCUUCCAUAGCUAUUGGUGUUUACUACGGGCUAAAGGGAGGCGGGCAGCGCACCUCUUCUGCAUACAUUCUAGCCGAUCGGAGUAUGACUUUAGUACCGAUCACACUCUCUCUCCUUGCAAGUUUCUUCUCUGGAAUCUCCCUACAAGGCUACCCAGCUGAUGUAUAUUACCAUGGUCCCACAGUCUUCUGGAUGCUUAUUCCAUUCGCCCUUGGGAUUGUUCUCAACCUGAUCUUCUAUCUUCCAAUGUAUUACAGACUUGGAAUGGCUUCUGCCUAUGAGUACCUGGAAUUACGGUUCAGCAAAACUGCCAAGAAUUGUGGAAUGAUGUCCUUCCUGUGUUUCACCGUGCUCUACUCUGGUGUAGUCACCUAUACAGCAUGCGUGGCUGCCACCGCAGUAACUGGAAUCAACCUCAUAGCUGCCGUUGUCGGUCUCUGUGUAAUCUGCGGUGUCUACACUGUUAUUGGAGGAAUAAAGGCUGUUUUGUGGACAGACAGUCUCCAAAUGAUCCUUAUGGUCUUAACAGCUGUAGCUGUUAUCAUUAAAUGUUCAAUGGAACUUGGCUUUCAGUCUAUCUGGCAGGUAGCUUCGGAAGGAUCCAGGACCAACUUUCUCCACUUCAACUCAGAUUUCACAGAUUUUUACAACGGUUGGAGUUUCAUCUGCCAGACAACAUUUAUGGGCGUUUUUAUAACCAAUCAGUACAUGGUACAACGACUUGUAGUCUGCAAGUCCGAGACAGUGGCAAGAGCAUCCGUUAUCUGCUACGUAGUUGGAUUCAUGACCUUCGAAAUUCUACUAUUCUUCAUGGGGAUCAGCAUUUAUGCGUACUAUGAGGGAUGUGAUCCUACAACUAUUGGAUAUACAACUAAAAACGAUCAGAUUGUACCGUACUUCAUUAUUGACGUCUUUUCUGAUUUACCUGGCGUUCCCGGCUUACUUCUAACAGGACUGUUUGGAGCGGCCUUGAGUACACUUUCGUCAGUCUUCAACGCAACCGCUACCCUUGUGGGUGAACAUUUCGUCAAGCCAUACUGGAAAGGUCUCCAGGAUAACAGUUACACUGUUAUUCUCAAAUUAAUCGUCGUUUUCGCCUCUGCCGCAGCUCUUGGAAUGGCAUUCAUUAUUCCCAACAUCGGCGAUGCAGUUCCGGUAAUAUUAACGUUUACAGGUUGCACCAUGGCUGGUUCACUUUCCAUGUAUCUUAUUGGAGCGUUCCUCCCUUUCUGUGGUUCAAAGAGUGUAGUCACUGGCUACAUGGUUGGUUUGGUCGUCGCUGUGACAAUGUCUGUGGGUUGCAUUGUCUACCAAGUCCCUCACGACAACUUGCCGUUAUCAGCCGACUGGUGUCUGAAUGAGACCUACACGAGUAUCAACGAAACUAUGGCAACACCCACAUCUUUGACAACUCAGUUACUGUCAGUGACACUCUCCAAUGUUACUGACAGUGAAAUAGGCAGAUCUGAGGUUCCAGUUAUAUUUACCCUGGCUACGAAUUGGUUGGGGGUUUUAACAACUUUAACGACAGUUGUGGUGACAUUAUUAGCUACACUGGUCACGGGGAAAAAUGACACAUCUAACAUGGAUCCGCGUUUGGUGUUUUGGAAAAUCAAGACUUCUUUUGUCUCAAGUGACGAACAAAAGAUUUGUAAGAAAGGGUAUUCCUCCGUUCCAGAUAAUGAUUAUAAAGAGCUCAACAACAGUAAAAAAAAAAUUGGCUUCAAGUACGAACCGAUCUCCCCGGAGAGCAACCCUGUAGUCGAGUUGGUUACUUCGAUUUGAAGCAUUCCAAUUUGAAGAGUGGAAUUAUGCCCUUCAAUUUUCAUGAGUUUGUUUGAUGCGUGUGCGAAAAAGAAUUCUGUAUCAUUAUGUGGCAUUUUGUAUCAUUAAUAAAAUGUAAAGAGAUGAAAUGCAUUCAUACGGCGAUUUACAAGAGUCCAUCUCCAAGAGUUUGCAACGCGUUGGCCAAUCACAGCGUGCGAAAUCUUUCGACCCUUUUCAAACGUGCAUUGGGUCGACAGAUUUCGCGCUCAACCGUGCCCAUGCACGCACCAAGCGCACGCGCAAAGACCAAAGAUUCAAAUAGAUAUCGGUCGUGUGCUCAGCGCGUCCUGCACGCACACCGUGCCCAAGGACUGUUUUCGGUUUUCGCUAUGUAAAAGUACGCCCUCUCUUGUUUCAGCUGGGAGCGGAUUUGUUAAAUAGUUUUUGUCUAGAUAUUCAUUCCAGGGUAGUUUUCUUCUGCAGCGUAAAAAUAAUAUGCUUACAAAUUUCGUGAGUAAUGAUACCAUUUUGAAUAUCAUUUGAGUUCAUUUGGGUCUCUAUAAGGUAAUAGCUGAUCGUAAAAAAUGGCCACCUGAUUAUUAUAAAACAGUUAAUUACUUGAGUAGUGAUAGAUAUCUUGGAAAAAAAUAUACACAGAGAGAAAGAGCAUAUCAUUACAGCUAGGUAUGAAAUGGAAUUUGAUUACACUAUUACUACUGAAAGCAUUGAGCAUAAAUAUUUACAAAGUUCACCAGAUUACGUUUUCGUCAGUUUAAAAAGCUUCAAUGAUGAAAUGAUCGGGUGAACUACGGCUGAACGUUACGAACCAUUUAUGCCACUGUUGUGUCAAUCUUGUACAUUCUUUACUAAUAUACAAACUGAACAUUUGAAAAUGCUUUUUAUCAGUUACGCUUUUCUUUAUCAUUAAUUGAGAUAUACUUAUUACAUUACAUGUAAUUAUUAUCGUUUCACAUUUUAGGGAUAGAUAUCUCUGAUUAUAAAUUCUGUUAAAACGUAUUUGUACUUACAGGCUAACAAUGUGAGUGGAAUGUUUAGUAUAUUUUUUGAGUGUUUACUCUUUUCUUCUACACGCUUAUUAGGACAAUGUUUUAAGUCAAAUCAGCUUGACACUUUGUAUAAAAAGUAGAUUCGUGAAGCAUUGGUCCUGUGGUGACGUCAUGAAAACGUCAUUCUCUAAGUUUUUGUAGAGUUUUUACAUUUUAAAUCUCAUAGCUUUUGUAUACGUUUUUACGCGGCACGUUAUAUACCACAUGCAUGUACGACAAUUCCAUUUUCCUUAAAAUCUUUGAGAUGCAGAAAAUGCUGAGUUCUGUUGUCAAACAGACGUCUAUUCUAAUGCUCAUUUCAAUAAUUGAUGUAUCGUGUAUAUAUUCACAUAUAUUGUAACAUUUUCUUACUCCGUUUCUAUCAUUUUGUAUUCAAUCAUUCAUAAAUGUACCAUUACACUUUACUAAGAUACUGGUGUAAAAUUUUGCGUUUGAAGUGAUUGGAUGGAAGAAAAUAUGGUAGAUAGAUUUAAAUCGAAACUAAAGGAUUUCAAAUAAAAGAGACCAACGUUCGAAGGUAUAAACCUCCAGGCUAAAGUUGA